UAUGUCGCUUAGGCAAAGCCGCUUUGCAAUACUGUCGCACAAGUUUUUCAUGUACGCGUUUUUCAUACGUUUGUUGACGACAAAUUGAUAAAAAUGGAAAAUAUACCGCGUACUCAUGAAGAUAUUGAGGCGCAAAUCUCGGACAUUCAAGCUAAGAAAACCGAGUUGGCAAAGACCAAUGCCGCAGCAGCAGGUGUAGGCUUGCUGGAUAGCGGCGGCUUCUUCGACACCGAUCUCUAUGACGAUGAGGCGGCGGUGGGGAAAGGGGCAAAGGGUCGGUAUGAGGGCUACAACACAUCGAUAGCAGCAAACGAUGAUGAGGGUGAUGAGGAUGAAGAAGACGAUGGCUUCCCCGUGCCACAGAAGCGCACAACCUACACGGCGCCCACCUCGGUGCUCAAGGAUGUGACCCAGGGAAAGGAGGACAUUGAUCCGCUUGCAGAUCGACGGCGUCCCACGAUUGCUGAUCGCGAGGAUGAGUACAGACAGAAGCGGCGUCGCAUCAUCAUCUCGCCAGAUCGUGCUGAUCCCUUCGCGGACGGCGGUAAAACCCCCGAUGUGGGUUCUCGCACUUACACGGACAUUAUGCGAGAACAGAUGCUCAAGGGCGAGGAGUCGGAACUGCGGCGCCGCAUCAUGGAGAAGUCCAAGGAGGGCACACUGGUGAAAUCGGGAUCGGCAAAUGGCGAAGCGGCUGCAGCUGCUGCUAAGGAAGGCGGACGCAAGCGUGGCCGCUGGGAUCAGACAGUGAGCGAUAGCUUCAUACCCGCUAAGGUGGCGGCAACACCGAGUAGUGCGGCUACGCCUACCUGGGAAGACAAAACACCCGGCGAUCAUCGUUGGGACGAGACCCCUGGACAUAAGGGUAGCGAGACGCCCGGCGCUACGCCAGGACUCGGCACACGCAUCUGGGACGCCACACCGGCACAUGCCAUGACGCCGGGCCACGAGACGCCCGGCCACGAAAAGUCCGCACGCCGAAACCGCUGGGAUGAGACACCAAAGACAGAGCGCGAGACGCCCGGACACAGUGGCUGGGCAGAGACCCCUAAACCAGAUCGUACAGGCAGCUCUGCAAGCGACUCGGGCAUCUCUGGCAUCGAGUCCACACCCGGAGCCUCGAAGCGACGUUCACGCUGGGAUGAAACACCAUCAAAUGCAACUCCUGCAAUUACGCCAAGCAACGCGAGCGCCAUGACACCCAGCAUGACGCCACAUGCCACACCAGGACAUGCUACGCCGUUGCUGACGCCGGGAGGCAGCACACCCGUGGGAGUAAAAGCCAUGGCCAUGGCAACGCCCACGCCAGGCGCUUUGGCUGCGAUGACACCAGAACAGCUGCAGGCGUAUCGCUGGGAGAAGGAGAUCGAUGAACGCAACAGACCGUACACUGACGAAGAGUUGGAUCAGGUAUUCCCACCCGGCUACAAAAUUCUGCCUCCGCCAGCGGGUUACGUGCCACUGCGCACACCAGGCCGUAAACUGAUGGCCACGCCCACGCCGAUAGCGGGCACACCAGCUGGAUUCUUUAUUCAAGUGGAGGACAAGAAUGCCAAGUUUAUGGACAACCAGCCGAAGGGACAGAAUCUUCCCUUUAUGAAGCCCGAGGAUGCGCAGUACUUUGACAAGCUGCUCGUCGAUGUUAACGAGGAUGCGCUGUCGCCCGAGGAACUGAAGGAGCGAAAGAUCAUGAAGCUGCUGCUCACUAUUAAGAACGGUUCGCCGCCCAUGCGCAAGUCCGCGUUGCGCCAGAUGACAGACAAGGCUAGAGAAUUCGGAGCUGGGCCACUUUUCAAUCAAAUUCUACCGCUGCUCAUGUCACCUACACUGGAGGAUCAGGAGCGUCAUUUGCUGGUCAAGGUAAUCGACCGCGUGCUCUACAAGUUGGAUGACUUGGUGCGCCCGUUUGUGCACAAAAUUCUUGUGGUUAUUGAGCCGCUGCUGAUCGACGAGGAUUACUAUGCGCGUAUUGAAGGUCGCGAAAUCAUUUCGAAUCUGGCCAAGGCAGCCGGAUUAGCAACCAUGAUUUCCACCAUGCGUCCCGACAUUGACAACAUUGAUGAAUACGUGCGAAACACGACAGCGCGUGCGUUUGCUGUUGUUGCUUCCGCCUUGGGCAUUCCCUCGCUGCUGCCCUUCCUUAAGGCUGUGUGCAAAUCGAAGAAGUCGUGGCAGGCGCGGCACACAGGAAUCAAAAUUGUUCAGCAGAUUGCCAUACUGAUGGGUUGCGCCAUCCUGCCGCAUCUCAAGGCUCUCGUCGAGAUCAUCGAGCAUGGAUUGGUGGACGAACAGCAGAAGGUGCGCACCAUCACGGCGUUGGCCAUUGCUGCGCUUGCCGAGGCUGCCACGCCUUAUGGUAUCGAGUCCUUUGAUUCGGUGCUGAAACCGCUGUGGAAGGGUAUCAGAACACAUCGUGGCAAGGGCUUGGCUGCCUUCCUGAAAGCCAUUGGUUAUCUGAUUCCGCUUAUGGACGCCGAGUACGCCAAUUAUUACACACGUGAGGUGAUGUUGAUUCUCAUCCGUGAGUUCCAGUCGCCAGAUGAGGAGAUGAAGAAAAUUGUACUCAAGGUGGUCAAACAGUGCUGUGCCACAGAUGGUGUGGAGCCGCAGUACAUCAAAGAGGAGAUUCUGCCGCACUUUUUCAAGUUCUUCUGGAACCAUCGCAUGGCACUGGACAGGCGCAACUAUCGCCAGCUGGUGGACACCACUGUGGAGAUUGCCAACAAGGUGGGCACCUCAGAGAUCAUCAAUCGUGUGGUCGACGAUCUGAAGGACGAGAACGAACAGUAUCGUAAGAUGGUCAUGGAGACCGUAGAGAAGAUCAUGGGCAAUCUCGGAGCUGCGGACAUUGACUCGCGACUUGAGGAACAGCUCAUUGACGGCAUCUUGUAUGCGUUCCAGGAGCAGACCACCGAGGAUGUGGUCAUGUUGAAUGGUUUCGGUACCAUUGUCAAUCAGUUGGGUAAGCGCGUCAAGCCCUAUUUGCCACAGAUUUGCGGUACCAUUCUGUGGCGCUUGAACAACAAAUCCGCCAAGGUGCGACAACAGGCGGCGGAUUUGAUCUCGCGCAUUGCUGUGGUGAUGAAGACCUGCCAGGAGGAGAAGCUGAUGGGUCACUUGGGUGUAGUGCUUUAUGAAUACCUGGGCGAGGAGUAUCCCGAGGUGCUGGGCAGCAUCUUGGGCGCCUUGAAGGCUAUUGUGAAUGUUAUUGGCAUGACAAAGAUGACGCCACCCAUCAAGGACCUUUUGCCCCGCCUCACACCCAUUCUGAAGAACAGACACGAAAAAGUGCAGGAGAAUUGUAUCGAUCUCGUUGGUCGCAUUGCUGAUCGCGGCCCAGAGUAUGUCUCCGCCAGAGAGUGGAUGCGCAUCUGUUUCGAGUUGUUGGAACUGCUCAAGGCGCAUAAGAAGGCGAUUCGUCGAGCCACAGUCAACACCUUUGGUUACAUCGCUAAGGCCAUUGGACCGCACGAUGUGCUGGCGACACUGCUGAACAAUCUCAAGGUGCAGGAGCGACAGAAUCGCGUCUGCACCACCGUAGCCAUUGCCAUUGUCGCCGAGACUUGUCGCCCCUUCACUGUGCUCCCUGCAUUGAUGAACGAGUACCGAGUGCCCGAGUUGAAUGUGCAGAACGGCGUGCUCAAGUCGUUGUCCUUCCUGUUCGAAUACAUUGGCGAGAUGGGCAAGGAUUACAUCUAUGCCGUGUGCCCGCUGCUCGAGGAUGCGCUCAUGGAUCGCGACCUGGUGCAUCGCCAGACUGCGUGCUCCGCCAUCAAGCACAUGUCGCUGGGCGUGUAUGGCUUUGGCUGCGAGGAUGCGCUGACCCAUCUGCUCAACUAUGUGUGGCCGAACAUAUUCGAGACAUCGCCGCAUCUGGUGCAGGCCUUCAUGGACUCAGUGGAUGGGCUGCGUGUCUCGCUGGGCUCCAUCAAGAUACUGCAGUACACACUGCAGGGUCUCUUCCAUCCCGCUCGAAAGGUGCGCGACGUCUACUGGAAGAUCUACAACUCGCUCUACAUUGGUGGGCAGGAUGCUCUCAUUGCCGGCUAUCCACGCAUCACCAACGAUCCCAAGAACCAGUACGAACGCUAUGAGCUCGACUAUACGCUCUAAGAGGCGUCCUUGGAGAGAGAGUGUGCUUAGAUCGUAGUCUACAAUAAUUUUGAUAAGUCGAGAGAAUACACAAAUAUAACGCGAA